AACUCAUCCACUUAAAUCUCUAAUUUUUUAACAUCUGUGCCUCAUUUGAAACAAACUUUUGAUGAAAUACAAUUUAACAGUCAAUACACUUCCUAUGAUGCGCAAUAGUAUCCGAAGAAGGCCACUUGUAUGCAGUAGUGCUUGCUCCCAUUCCACCUGUCAAAAUUCUCACAAAAAGGCACCAUCUUCAUCACGUUUGACUGGGGAUAAAAGGUGUGGUACUAUAAAAAAGAAAACCUCAAACAGACCAUGUUCUGAAGAUAGUAAAAUCAGACAUGAUCAACUAAAUUCAAAUGACAAUAUUAUCAGUAACAGCAGUUCUGCCAAUUCUGAUUCACCUAAAACAAUUGAAGUCCACGAAAUGAAGUGUGUCAAUAGUGAGGGUGAUAUCAAUCACUUUGGCAAUGAACAUUGUUGUGAAUCAAUGUCUAAUCAGAGCAUAUUUUAUAAUCUUUUAACUCGUCUUGAAGAACACUUGGAUGAGGAAAGAAAGACUAAUGCCAGGCUACAAGCUGAACUGAUGGAUAAAAGUGACUAUGAAAAGCAAAUCUCUGAUAUGCGUUCCAGUUAUGAAGCUGAAGUACUUCGACUACAGAAUGUAAUAACACGUUUACAGGAACAAUCUCAUCAUAUGCCUAGAAUUCAUCAGGAUGGUGAGAAGUCGACAGAAUCGAAAAAAGGAGAGAUGAAAGAAUUAAUUAACACACAUAAUAAUAAUAAUAUUAAUAAUAAUAAUGAUAAGCAUAAGGACAAUGCAGAUUUACAUAAAAAUAAUUUAAAUCAAAACAAUAAAUGUGUGCGUGAUUUCACAAAUUUUGAAGAAUUAAAAAAAGAAUAUGAAAAGCAAGAGUUGUUAAUCUCUGGUUACCAACGUGAAAAUGAAAAGCUAUACGCAUACAUUAAAAAUUUAAAGAAGGAUGCUAUAACUGAAACACAAGAUUCAAAGACUGCAAAACGUCUCACCAGUGAAAAUCUUUCACUAAGAAUUGAAGUUGAACAAUUGAACAAGGAGUUGAAAUUACGUAGUCAACAAAUCUGUACUAUGCUGUCUGGAAAUUCUCGAUUGAAACAAGAGAAUCGAAUCAGUGAAUUAGAAGAUGUAAAUAGACAACUGCAGUUGGAUAAGGAGAAAGUAGUGAAAGAUUUAGAUGCAACACGUUCAGAGUUGACAAAUAUGAAUUUAAAGGUGAAUAAUCUUGAACGUGAUAAGUCUGAGCUCACUACAGAAUAUGAAUGCUUUAAACAGAAAUCUCAAGCAGAUUAUCAGAAUAUGAAAGAACAAUACGAAGGUCGAAUUGAAGAACUUCAAAAGAAACUACGCUGGUAUGUUGAAAAUCAAGCAAUGCUUAAUAAAGAUACUAAGAAGCUACAGACUCAAGCCAAAGAAUUGGAAAAAUUGCAGAGAGAAUUAGCGUAUUUCAAAAGUAAACAGGCUUCUGAUACCAAGCCGGUUGAAAAGAAACAUCCUGACAAUAAAGAGUUGUCAUCCAAUGAAAGCGGACAGUCAUUUCUACUUGAACGUAUCAAAUUUCUUGAAAAUGAAUUGGAGAGAGCUCAUGAAAAUGAAAAACGCGCUAUUCGUUCACUACAACAACAAUAUGAACGAGUCAAACUGCAGUAUGAGGAUCGCAUAAAAUCACUAGAAGCAAACAGUUAUAUGAGAUGUACACCCACCUCAAUCCCAUGUCCCACACAACCGCAAACAGAAAACAAUCAAGGCGAGUCAACUACCCAACGAACAAUACCUACAACGGUAGCAACAACCAAUACCGAAUCAUCACAAGUUGUCCAAGAAGAUUCAACAGGAUCAACACGGAAAGAUCAGUCAGUUAUGAUUUCCACCCUUCUCUGUAAUCUACGCAAUCAAAUAUGCCAUUUAAAAACACAAUUAAAACAACGGCAAAAGACAAUUGAAGAAAUGAAAUAUCUUGCUGAAAUCAACAACAACAGUGAUAAUCCAAUAAAGCAAUCUAAUCAAUUGAACAGGAAUUCAAAUACCUGUCGAUCAAAAGUUUCAAUUAUAAAUAAACGAUUCCAGAAUCCACGUGUUCAUGAGAUUAAGUCAAGACAAAUAAAUGUGAUCAAUAAUGAUAAGAAACGAUUAAAUCAUGCACGUGUAUGUAAAAUUUAA